UACGCUACAGAGGAAAGAGUCAACUGUUGGCGGGGGAGACGAGGAUGAUUGAUCGGUGAAGAAGAAUCUUGUGAGAAGCAGCAACUUCGAUGGAGAAACCGGAGAAGAGAGGGGUGAUCGACACGUGGCUUGAUAAACACCAUUCGUUAUACACGGCGGCUACACGCCAUGACUUCGUCAUCUCCAUCCUCGACGGAUCCGUUGAUCUCUCCUCCUUCAAAACUUGGCUGGGGCAAGACUACCUCUUCGUGAGGGAGUUCGCGCCGUUUGUAGCGAAUGUUCUGAUCAGAGCCGGCAAAGAAUCCGGCGAGACUUCCGACAUGGAAGUGGUUCUCGGUGGUUUAGCGUCGUUGAAUGAUGAGAUCGAAUGGUUUAAAAGCGAAGGGUCGAAGUGGGGCGUUGACUUCUCGACCGUUGUGGCUCAAAAGGCGAAUAAAGAAUAUCGCAGGUUUCUUGAAGGUCUGAUGAGUAGUGAAGUGGAGUAUGGGGUGGUGAUGACGGCUUUCUGGGCGAUAGAAGCGGUGUAUCAAGAGAGCUUUGCUCACUGUUUGGAGAAUGGGAACAAAACUCCGGGGGAGCUUACCGGAGCUUGCAAUCGGUGGGGCAACGACGGGUUUAGACAGUACUGUUCAUCUGUGAAGAAUAUUGCUGAACGUUGUCUGGAGAAUGCCUCAGGGGAAGCUUUGGUUGAAGCUGAAGAUGUUCUGGUACGUGUUCUUGAACAUGAAGUUGCCUUCAUUAGCGAAGCUAGAGAAGAAGCUCAAAACGCUCCCGUUUUGCUCACCAAACCUGAGGCUGCCAAAGAUCCAGCCCAACUCGCAAAGCCCAUACAAGCUCAAGUGGUUCCAGCCCAACAAACUCUCUCAACGGUUACUUUGACAAAAGAUAAGAAGAGAGUUAAAGAGGAGAACAGAAGAGAAAAGCAGAGUGUGAUGUCAUGUACGACUCUGAGAUGUGGUCCAGAACUGAGGAACUCCUUUGCAGCCCUUGGAUCGAUUGGAGAGUGCAGAUGAAUACAUGUGGAAGCAACUCUAGGGUUUUAGCCUUUACUAUAUAAGUUUGUAUUCACCAUUUUGUAAGAACUCAAGAAUCAAGAAAUAUAAAAGUUGUUUUCAUAAGCU